AGAGAAAGUAAAAAGUGAACGCGGAGAUUCUUGAACUUUCUGGAGAGUUCACAAGGGAAGUCACUAGUAAACACCUGCUUUGUUUAGCUUGAUUUGGCGUAGUUUCGAGAUCUGGAAGCUGAUCAACAAGCUUUCCUUUGCUGCGUUGACAGUUAUUCAAGGACACACACUCUUCAACUUUGUGAGAAUCGUGUAUGCACAUACUGGCCUAGGGCAUGGUGAGCUUUUUUCAUCCUGUCUUCUCAGAAGCUUUUCCAGCAUCUGCCAUGUUCAAUAACAACAAUUACCUUCCAAACUUAAAUCACUGCCCUAUCACGGACCAGUUGCAGAAUGCUAUAGGUACUCAUCCACAGCCUUCAGGAGAUCAACACACAAUGGGCUCAGGGAUGCAGGUGUACACAUCUGGUGCCAAUUUUCGUUUCCUGUCUCCUACUCAAGGUACAUCAGUGCCAACUUGGGCACCAGCAGUAACUUCUGUUGGUAUGAGUUCUGCUCCUGGAGUGGGGGUAAACUGGCAGCAUUCAGUACCAACACCCAUGCCUUGGGCCAAUCACGUUCCCCCACAUUUCAGUGCCCAAGCUUUGCAGAGUAUUUCAAGUCCACAGCAAUCUUCAGUGUCUUUUAUUCGCCCCUUCCUUGCUGAAAGUUCUGGAUCAGAGCAUAGCAGUGAAGUUUUUCCACACUCAAUGCCUGCCUUUUCCCAUCAUCGACUCCUAAAGCGCCGCUCACAGUCUCCCACUGGGGUUGAAGGGCCAACAUCAAAAAGACGCUUGAGUGAAAAGAUGGCAGCAUGGUUUAAAGGGCUACAGAUCACUAAUGGACAAGAGACACUUGGUUCAAACAAUGCAGAGCUAGGGCAAGACAGUUAUCAGGAUGGAUGGCAACGAUUUUGUGAAUUAGAAAAAAGACUUGAAGAUGAUCUUGAUGUAGUGGAGGAAGACAUAAAGAACAAAGAACCAAAUGAACCACGUCUAGUAUUUACUAAUGGCAUAAAAAAGAAUCUGACUCCAGAACCAAUUCUUCCAGAAGCAGUCAUCAACCAGAUAAACAAACCAUGCAUGGAACUCAUCUUGUGGCAGCCGCCAGAGGUGGUGUUAAAGAACGAAAAGAACGACUUGGUAACACGCGAUGAUAGUAACAACAGUGCUAAUAAGGAAGAGGAUGAAAUGACUGAAGUAUCGGACCAGACAGACAAAGCUUCAGGCAGCUUGCAGAUGGCCAACUGGUUUGACUCGGAACAUUCAAGUAACAAUCCAAGAGUGCAGAUUAACAGAACGGCGUUGACCUCAAAUAUGUUUGACUGCAUGGAUGAUGACAUGGACCUUUGAUAAGAGAAAUUGAAGAGAGCAUUGCAGAGCUUAUUUUCCAAAAACUGGUGAAGUCUAUGAUCUCCAUUCAUUGAUUACGAAUGGCUUGCAUGGAAGCAUGCUUGGUCCUGCUUCUGUUGUUUUGUGGAAAGUAAACGGGUGUUGUACGAACUAUGCGUCUGAACCAUUUAAGAAAGCUUUUAAGCAGCUUGUCACAAUGUGAGAAAAUGGAGCAAACUGUGCACAUGGUAGCAGCAUUCUGGACAACAAUCGUGCAAUCCUGUUCAUUCUGUAGGUAUUGAAGAUUUGUAAAACUAAAAGAAUCUCCUGGGAAGGAACAGCAUUUUUAUCUGGGCAUUCUGAUUCAGAUUUGGACUUCUGUAAAACAUGGUUUAAGAAAUGUGUCAGCAAACUAGUUUAAAAAAUUUGCACCCAGUGACCAUCUGCUGAUCAAGGUAUUUUGUUAUAAAAAAUGUUUUCAGACUUUUUCUUUAAGAAAUUUUCAUUUAAAAUAUUUAAAAGUGUACUAAAUGCAAAGUGUUUUAUUAUUUAAAGCAUGAUUUCACUUGGAUUCUUUCAUAAAAUUCAUUAACAGAAUAGCAUGGUUUAAGUAUUCUUGGAUUUUAAAAGUGAAAUGCUGGAAUAUGCCGUUUACAUAAUGCAUUUUAAAUGUGCUUAUGGAUCAUGCUUGAAAUGGCUUAUCAGGAGUCUCCUAUAUGAAAGAUGGGUAAUUUGCACCUUUUUUUUGUCUCUGAGUGCGAUUGAGACAAAAAAAAUUGCAGUACUGUGUGCCAAAUAUUGACAUCCUUGAAAUGCCCUUUGAAUUGAUUUACUGGAAUCCAACAACCUAUAGGCAGCAUUUUUCACAAGCUCUGGUACAAAAAUGUGCAAUGUUUGAAGUUUCUGUUCCUUCUCAUAAGCAUGCAGAGAUGACAUUCAAGACAGUUGUUGGAUCACAGAUUAAAGCAAUAACAAAAGUUU